AUGGGGAAUGUGCCAUCCGCGGUGAAGCACUGCCUCAGCUACCAGCAGCUUCUCCGGGAGCAUCUCUGGAUCGGGGAUUCAGUGGCAGGGACGCUCGACCCCGCGCAGGAAUCAUCUCAGUUAUCUGGACUCCCUGAGUAUGUUAAAAUAGUAGAAGUUGGACCUAGAGAUGGAUUGCAGAAUGAAAAGGUUAUAGUUCCUACAGAUAUAAAAAUUGAAUUUAUCAAUCAACUUUCCCAAACUGGCUUGUCUGUAAUAGAAGUAACCAGCUUUGUGUCUUCCAGAUGGGUACCACAGAUGGCCGAUCACAGUGAAGUGAUGAGAGGCAUUCAUCAAUACCCAGGAGUUCGAUAUCCUGUCCUUACUCCUAAUCUUCAGGGUUUUCACCGUGCUGUUGCAGCUGGAGCUACUGAGAUAUCAGUUUUUGGUGCUGCAUCUGAAUCCUUUAGCAAGAAGAAUAUUAACUGUUCCAUUGAAGAAAGUUUGGGAAAGUUUGAAGAGGUCGUUAAGUCUGCAAACCAUAUGAAUAUUCCAGUACGAGGGUAUGUGUCUUGUGCCCUGGGCUGUCCGUAUGAAGGAAGCAUUACACCGCAAAAAGUGACAGAAGUGUCUAAGAGAUUAUAUGGCAUGGGCUGUUAUGAGAUCUCUCUGGGAGACACAAUUGGAGUGGGAACUCCAGGAAGCAUGAAAAGAAUGUUGGAGAGUGUCAUGAAAGAAAUCCCUUCAGGUGCUCUUGCUGUUCACUGUCAUGAUACAUACGGACAAGCCUUAGCAAAUAUCCUUAUGGCCCUUCAGAUGGGAAUUAACGUAGUCGACUCUUCAGUAUCCGGUUUAGGUGGCUGUCCUUAUGCAAAAGGUGCUUCUGGGAAUGUAGCCACUGAAGAUUUGGUAUAUAUGCUUAAUGGCCUGGGUCUUAAUACAGGUGUGAAUCUUUACAAAGUGAUGGAAGCUGGUGACUUUAUCUGCAAAGCUGUGAAUAAAACCACAAACUCAAAAGUAGCACAAGCCUCCUUCAAUGCUUGA